AUGCCGCUGAGGCUCUUGAAACUGCCCUUCCCUAUGAGGCUCAUGAACUUCGUUGCUCCUGCAACUGAACCCUGGUACGUCGCCCAGAUGCCUGCCGCCCACUCCGUUGAGAUUGUUGAUGCCUCAGUCCAUCCGGUUGCAUUUGCUGCCGCUCAUCCCCUUCAUGGGCCCUAUCCUCUUCCUCCCCCCCGUCCAACUGCCGCUCCCCUUGCCCCUGGUGGUGCCCAUCUCCUCGAUGCUGCCUCUGCCCUUCUUGCUGCCCAGUCCCUUCCUGCUGCCAAGAAUCUUGCAGCUGCUGAGUCCCUUGGUGCCUAUUCCCUCCCUGCCGCCCAAUCCAUUGCUGCUGCCCAGUCCCUAGCUGUUCCUCAGUCCCUAGCUGCUGCCCAGUCCCUAGCUGCUGCCCAGUCCUUUCCUGUCGCCCAAUCCCAUCCUGCUGACCUUGGUUUUGUUGUCGCCCAGUCCCUAGCUGCUGCCCAGUCCCUUGCUGCUGCCCACUCCCUAGCUGCUGCCCAGUCCUUUCCUGUCGCCCAAUCCCAUCCUGCUGACCUCGGUUUUGGUGUCGCCCAGUCCCUAGCUGCUGCCCAAUCCCUUGCUGCGGCCCAGUCCCUUGCUGCUGCCGAAAAUCUUGCAUCUGCCAAGCCCCUUGCUGCCUCCUCCCUCUCUGCUGCCCAAUCCGUUGCUGCUGCCCAAUAUCUAGCUGCUGCCCAAUCCGUUGCUGCUGCCCAAUCCGUUGCUCCUGCCCAGCCCCUUGCUGCUGCUCACUCCCUUCAUGCCACCCUGUCCCUUGAUGCUGCCCAGUCCCUUGAUGCUGCUCAGUCCCUUGCUGCUGCCCAGUCCCUUGCUGCUGCCCAGUCCCUUGCUGCUGCCCAGUCCCUUGCUGCUGCCCAGUCCCUUGCUGCCUAUUCCCUCCCUGCUGCCCAGUCCCUUGCUGCUGCCCAAUCCCUUGCUGCUAUGCUCCUGGGGUGUUCUUUGAAACCCUUGCUCGAGUCGCUCUUCCUCUCUAUCCUCGCACGUGCUAAUGUUGUGGCCCUUUAA